CAAUAACUAUCUGUCAGCAGACGCGAGAGCAACAGACAGUGUACGUCCUAUAUUUGCAGGGCUGUAAAAUUGAGCGAACUAACGGUGCUUGUUCGGCAGUAAUUAUGUAAUGAAAAUCAACAACAGCUUAUCCGAUUUGUCAUGACCUAUUGUGUUGAAUUUAAAAUACAAAUGUCAAUACACUAUCAACAUGCGAUAUUGAUAAGCACAAAGAGUUGAACUAUUGACCGCAGUUGUUCCAGUUAAUUUAAUUCAAUACACGUGUUUUGUUAAAAAUGAUACGAGAAAAAGUUGCGUGGUUCUUACGAAAUUUAUGGGCAGUGAGGAAUAUUAUCAUCGUUUUCAUUGCAUUUGUUGCACCAAUAAAUUUGGCAAUCGGAGACAGCAAGGAGACAAAAUGUGCCUACGGUUUGAUUGUUAUGGCUAUCCUGUGGCUAACAGAGGCCUUUCCUAUACCGGUUACAGCAUUACUUCCAACAGUUAUCUUUCCUUUGUUGGGUGUAUCCACAGCAAGAGCUAUAUGUUCAAAAUACAUUAAUGACACGACUGUAUUGUUCUUAGGAGGUCUUGUAGUAGCUGUUGCUGUAGAGGAAGUAGGACUACACACGAGGAUAGCCAUGGGUAUAAUAUCUAUAUUGGGAUCGAAUCCAAAUAUGUUAAUGUUGGGACUGAUGCUACCAACAUGGUUUCUGUCGAUGUGGAUCAGUAAUACGGCAGCGACAUCUAUGAUGAUUCCGAUAAUCCAAGCAGUUAUGACUCAGAUAAGAGAGGCUAACAGAAUAAGGUUGGAAGGAGCUAAAGAACACAAACUGUUACUGGAAGAUGUUUCAGACGAGUCAGACAAUCCAACGAUACAAACCAGUGAUUCGAUAUCGGCGAAUCCAAUCGAGGGGAAAAUUAAAAAUGGCGCGAUGCUUUCUGUACCAACAGACACACAAAUUUCUCUCGGCAACGACUCUGCAGCAUGGAAUUCUAUUUUGAGUAUGCUAGAAGACGAGAAAAGUACAGAGAAUAGUGAACUGAGACUGUUUGGAAAAGGACUGGCACUUGGCGUUGCAUAUGGUGCAAAUGCAGGAGGUAUUGCUACACUGACUGGUACUCCACCAAACCUGAUAUUACAGGGACAAGCUAAUGAAAUCUUCGAUAAAAGAUCACCCGGGUCAGACUCUGGUAUUACAUUCGCUAAUUGGAUGGGAUUUGCUUUUCCGCUGUCGAUCGUUAUAUUGCUGUUGAGCUGGAUAUGGUUACAGUUAUUUUUCCUGCGAUCACUGUGUAUACGAAAAACAGACGCAGUGAGGACAGCAGCAAUUCAGUCGGCUAUCAAACAUGAACGCAAGAAACUUGGAAGAGUGACGUUUGGGGAAGUUGUUGUUUUGAUUUGUUUUAUAUGCUUAGCUAUGUUGUGGAUAUUCCGAGAUAUUCCAGGAAUGGGAGGAUGGGCAUAUUUAUUUCAUCUAGAUAAAGAUGGUAAACCCUUUGCUAGAGAUUCCACAGCAGCGAUGUUGAUUGCUAUAUGUCUUUUUGUAUUACCAAAAUCAGUGCCGAAUAUAUUCUGUUUCAUAAAAUCGGAAGAUGUAAAACCGUCCUACACACCCAUUCUGAAUUGGGAUACAGUUGUACAUAAGUUACCUUGGGGUGUGAUUGUUCUUCUUGGAGGAGGCUUUGCUUUAGCAGACGCAAGUUCUAGUUCAGGUCUAUCAAAGAUGGUUGGUUGUAGUCUGAGGGUAUUUAGUCACAUGGAUAUAUGGGUAAUGAAUCUCAUCAUUUGUUUGAUUGUGGCUGGAGCUACAGAAAUCACAAGCAACAGUGCAACAGCUACUUUAUUAAUGCCAAUCAUGGCCGAACUGGCAUUGACGCUGGGCAAGAAUCCUUUAUAUUUGAUGAUCUCAUCAGCCAUUGCCUGUUCAUUUGCCUUCAUGUUGCCAGUGGCAACACCACCUAAUGCCAUUGUGUUUUCGACUGGAAUUUUACGUAUUCCUGAUAUGGCAUCAGCCGGUAUCGUGAUGAAUAUCGUCGCCAUAUUGGCUCUUACUCUGGCUGUGAAUACAUGGGCUAUCCCUAUCUUCAAUUUGGACGUGGUUCCUAGUAUUUUCAACAACACAGGCGUGAAUUCUACGUGUAUAUGAAAUCAACAAAGACAUUAUGAUCAAUACCAUCUUUGAAAACAAAGUAUAUAGAUCUUUGUUUGCUCAAAAUAUGCUUACCAGAUAUUUCCAAAAAGUAACUGUGAUUGGUGAUUAAAUCAAAUUGGUAAUUGAACGGAAAUCUUCAAAUAUAAUACCAAGACUAGACAGAUGCCAUUAUGGAUAUAAGUUUACUAUAUGCUUAUUAUGAUAUAUCAUAUUUUGUAAGUGAUUAUCAGAAAUUUGUACGAUACAAAGACAGAAUUAAUAAUUUUACGCAUGUAAAAAUUAAUUUGAUCUAUUCUGAUAGUAAAAAAUAUAUUUUGCAACCAUGAAGCUUCCCACUGAGCAAAUUUAUGUUGCUCUUCAUCAUUGUAAGGCAUAAUGCUGCUGAAAGAAUGUGGACUCGUUGCUCAUAUAUAUUGAGUUUGAUCUGUUUUAUUGUCUAUCAUAUGUAUUGGAAGUAAGAUCAAAAUAUAAUAAAUAUGUAUUUUAUUUUAUUACACAACGAGCCUGUUAACAUGACCACAUUUUAAUGUGCUUCUUUGACUAUG